CGGAAACGCUUUUUGUGAGGAGAAAGUUACUCGCCGCCGCCGCCUCUGCCGCCACCGUCGCGGCGAGUGGCUGAGGGGAAGCGGCGCGAUGGGGCGGUCCGGCGCUUUCGUGCUCCGGCCUUUCCCUCGCCGGUGGUCUUCGCUGUCGCUUCUGCCUCUGCUUCUCCUGUGCGGUUCUCCUGUCCGCCCGAAAGACACGGAGGCGGGCGCUGUCACUUGCGGCUCGGUGCUGAAGCUGCUCAACACCCGGCACAACGUCCGGCUGCACUCGCAUGAGGUCAAAUACGGCUCCGGAAGCGGACAGCAGUCAGUGACUGGAGUAGAAGCUUCAGAUGAUGCUAAUAGUUACUGGCGGAUCAGAGGCAAAACUGAUGGGUCUUGCCAGCGGGGAAUGCCAGUAAAGUGUGGGCAGACAUUACGCCUUACUCAUGUUAAUACAGGGAAAAACCUACAUACCCACCACUUCCCAUCACCACUCUCCAAUAACCAGGAAAUAAGUGCCUUUGGCGAUGAUGGAGAAGGAGAUGACUUAGAUGUAUGGACAGUGCAGUGCAGCGGGAUGUACUGGGAACGAGAUGAUGCAGUACGCUUCAAGCACAUAGGAACAGACGUGUUCCUUUCAAUAACCGGUGAACAGUAUGGUCACCCAAUCAGGGGACAACGAGAAGUCCAUGGCAUGCAUACUCCUAACCAUCACAACUACUGGAAGGCAAUGGAAGGCAUUUUCAUUAAACCCAGCGUGGACUCUACAAAGCAUGAUGAGCUCUAAACGUGUGACGGAAUUAUCAUGUAAAAUCUCUCUUCCGAAAUAUAUGAGCUGGUCCUCUUCUGUAAAUAUCAAACACCUUAAAAGUAUCUAGAUAAAUUGGAAGACUAAUUUGUUGUCAUUGGCUGCAUACCAGGUGAAUUCAGACUGACAGGAAUGGCUGAAGUUACAUUGUUUGGCAUCCGUCCGUUUUCAGAAUCCAUGGUCUUUUCUUAUCUCAGACAUUCUUUCUCCUUUCCAUAAACAAAGUGAAAAUGGUGAAUUGCAGUGUAAACAAUUUAAUCCAAAGUGCAAUAAAACUUACUUUUUUAUAAUUCUU